AAGGUAACUUGAGUAACCUUUGACCUUCCAAGAUGGCGGCGGUGGUGGUGUUUUUCGUCUGCCUGGCGAUUUUCUUCGUCUUUACCGUUUCUGUGGUGUUGUCGUGGGGUCUGUUAGCCGUUGUACCACUCCUGUUAUCUGUUGUGUCCGUUCUGCUGCUGUACAGACGGAGCCCGGCCGGGAAACGCGUGUGCGUGCUCGUGUUAGGGGACAUCGGCCGGAGUCCACGCAUGCAGUAUCACGCAAUCUCAUUGGCCAAGGAGGGCUUCCAAGUGGACCUAGUCGGGUUUUCUGGUUCCAAGCCUCAUCAAGGUGUACUGGACAACGAGAGAAUCUCUCAACACUUUCUGCCUGAGCCACCAACAUUCCCAAAAGUUCUCCCCAGGUUUCUCCACUAUAUCCUGAAAGCUGUGUUCCAGUCUGUCCAACUGCUGGCAGUGUUACUGAUACAGACAGACAAACCAGCUUACCUGCUAGUUCAGAAUCCCCCUGCUAUCCCCACCUUGGCUAUAGCCUGGCUGGUGUGCCUGUUGAGAGGGACCAGGUUCCUGAUAGACUGGCACAACUAUGGUUAUACCAUCCUGGGGUUAGCUCUGAGUGCCAAACACCCCCUCCUCAAGUUCUCCAAAUGGUAUGAAGGCUUUUUUGGUGCUCUUUCCAAUGGAAACUUGUGUGUCACAAAUGCAAUGAGGAAGGACCUACUUUCUAUGUGGGGAAUCAAAGCUGUGACCAUGUACGACAGACCGCCACUCAUCUUCAGGUCAAUUGGAACUGAGGAACAACAUGAGUUGUUCUGUAGGCUGAGGACUGAAUACCCAGUUUUUGGCUCCAGGUCUGGAGACAGUGGGAAGACAGCUUUUACAGAGAAAACACAAGACGGGACCAUCAGACAGCUGGUAGACAGGCCUGCACUGUUGGUCAGCAGCACCAGUUGGACUGAGGAUGAGGAUUUCUCAAUUCUUCUGAAUGCACUAGAAGUUUAUGAGAAGUCGGCAUCUGAAGAGGGAUGUCAACUGCCAAACCUGAUAUGUGCCAUCACUGGAAAGGGCCCUCAGAAGGAGUACUACCAAGGACUGAUCUCCAAGAAGAACUUCCAGCAUGUCCAAAUCUGUACUCCAUGGCUGGCAGCUGAGGACUACCCCAAACUCUUGGGUUCAGCAGACCUAGGUGUGUGUCUUCACUACUCGUCCAGUGGACUGGACCUACCCAUGAAAGUUGUGGACAUGUUUGGGUGUGGCCUGCCUGUCUGUGCCAUUCACUUCAACUGCUUGCACGAGCUUGUCAAACAUGAGGAGAAUGGACUUGUGUUCAACAAUGACCAGGAACUGGCAAAGCAGAUACAGGAGUUACUUGCUGGAUUUCCUAAGACCCAGGACAAGCUGAAGACAUUCCGAGACAAUCUUCAAUCAUUCCAGAGUCUAAGAUGGGACCAAUGUUGGAAAGACAAUGUGCUUCCACUUCUUAAAUCUUAAGGCAUCAUCCAUCUAUUAGGGCAGACACCACUAUAGACCUGUCCAUUGGAAAGCAUGUUAGAAUACACCAAAACAAGGAUUGAUAAAUGCACCAUCCCUAAUUUCAAUCUUCAUUCUGAAAGUCACAAGGGUCUUCUUCUUCAUAUCCAUUGAAAGAAAACAGGAAGUCACCCAGCUCCAACUAUGAGGAAAGCUCGCUCUAUGGAAGAAACCUCACCUUUGACCCCAAUUUCUUUUGAUUUACCCCAAAGGACCCAACACGUCAAAUCUAUUUGCUCAUCAACUAAACUGAUGAAUUGAACAGAUUUUGACCAAAAUGGGAAAGCUUAGAUCCUACCUGUUCUUUCUA